AUGAGUGCCGAAAUCGAGACGCUUCAGCACCCUUACUAUCCCCUUGGGGUUAUGAUUCCUGGAUACGUUGCCCCGACCCUCUCGAGGCUAGAAAUCCUGGUCAUCUUCACCAUAACAUGUUUGAGCAUUCUCACUCCCACAUGGUUCUUCCUCAGCCGCCAGAAACGCCAACUUCACCGCCAAGACAAAGCUACGGCGCUGUGGUUUGUACUCUGCGGAUUCAUUCACCUGGGCCUUGAAGGCUACUUUGCGCUUCAUUACGAUGACCUCGCGACCCGGUCUGCUAUCCUGGCUCAAGCUUGGAAAGAGUAUUCCUUGUCCGACUCGCGAUACCUGACCAUCGACUCGUUCAUGGUCUGCAUGGAGACUGUCACUGCAGUCUUCUGGGGCCCACUCUCAUUUAUUUGUGCCUGGUGCAUCGUCACCGACCAUCCGCUUCGCCAUCCAUUGCAGUCUAUCAUCAGCCUGGGCCAGUUGUAUGGUGAUGUGCUCUACUUCGGUAUAUGCACCUUUGACUUUGCGCUCAAGGGUGUUGAGUACUCGCGGCCUGAGGCUGAUUACUUCUGGGGGUACUAUGUGUUUUUCAACGCAUUUUGGAUCAUUAUUCCAAUUUAUUUGCUCGUUCAGAGCACACAAGAGACAAUGAUGGCGUUCACGGCAGUUAAGAAGCAUGGAAAGACUUUCCGAUAA